UCAUCUAGAUCAGUGGUGCCCAACCCCUGUGGCCCUGCAGGCUGGAUUCACUGUGCAGGCCCAGUCCCAUCAGAGGUCAGUCAGCAAUUAAGAUUGCCUCCACCACUUUCCUGCUGCCAAAUAUAUGGAUCUACAAGGAGCCCUGCUGGAUGACACCACUCCAUGGUUUGGACCCAGUUUGUGGACUGGAUCUUAGCACCCCUGAUCCAUACGAACAGUUGUGCUGAUUGUCCCCAUUCUCUUUCCUCUGUCCCUUCUAGGUAGGGGACCACAAAUUCAGUGCCCACCGGAUCGUCCUGGCAGCCUCCAUCCCUUACUUCCAUGCCAUGUUUACAAAUGAUAUGAUGGAAUGCAAACAGGACGAGAUUGUCAUGCAGGGAAUGGAUCCAAGUGCACUCGAGGCUCUGAUCAACUUUGCCUACAACGGGCAUCUUGCAAUAGAUCAGCAGAACGUUCAGUGUUUGCUGAUGGGGGCAAGUUUCCUUCAGCUGCAAAAUAUCAAGGAUGCCUGCUGCACCUUUCUCAGAGAGAGACUUCACCCAAAGAACUGCCUGGGAGUGCGUCAGUUUGCAGAAACGAUGAUGUGCGCGGUGCUCUACGACUCUGCCAAUAGCUUCAUCCACCAGCACUUUGUGGAGGUGUCCAUGUCCGAGGAGUUCCUCACGCUGCCUUUUGAAGACGUCCUGGAGCUGGUUUCAAGGGACGAGCUCAAUGUCAAGUCAGAGGGGCAGGUAUUUGAAGCUGCAUUGGCCUGGAUACGGUACGACCGAGAUCAGAGGGAAACCUUCUUGCCUGAGCUGCUGUCCAAAAUCCGACUGCCCCUUUGUCGACCUCAAUUCCUCACUGACCGCGUGCAACAAGAUGACCUUGUCCGCUGCUGCCAUAAAUGCAGGGACCUGGUUGACGAGGCAAAAGACUAUCACCUAAUGCCAGAGCGUCGGCCCCACCUCCCAGCAUUCAAAACCCGUUCCCGAUGCUGCACUUCAAUCGCGGGAUUAAUUUAUGCAGUUGGAGGACUUAAUUCAGCAGCACAUUUUUAUGCAGGUGAUUCACUGAAUGUCGUGGAAGUCUUCGACCCCAUUGCCAAUCACUGGGAGAAGUGCCAGCCAAUGACGACGGCGCGCAGCCGAGUGGGUGUCGCGGUGGUGAAUGGACUCUUGUAUGCCAUCGGUGGCUACGACGGCCAGUUGCGGCUGAGUACGGUGGAAGUUUACAACCCAGAGACGGAUUUGUGGUCCAAAGUGGGAAGCAUGAACAGCAAACGAAGUGCAAUGGGAACCGUGGUGCUGGAUGGGCAGAUCUACGUAUGCGGCGGGUACGAUGGAAACUCAUCCCUCAACUCUGUGGAGAUGUACUCGCCAGAAACAGACAAGUGGACAGUAGUGACCCCUAUGAGCUCCAACCGCAGCGCAGCCGGAGUCACGGUGUUUGAAGGCAGGAUCUAUGUGUCUGGAGGGCAUGAUGGCUUACAGAUCUUCAGCAGCGUGGAGUACUACAACCAUCACACAGCCACGUGGCAUCCCGUCACCAGCAUGCUCAACAAACGCUGUCGGCAUGGAGCUGCCUCCCUGGGCAGCAAGAUGUUUGUGUGCGGGGGCUAUGACGGCUCCGGCUUCCUCAGCAUUGCUGAAGUGUACAGCUCCAUGGCAGAUCAGUGGUACCUGAUUGUCCCUAUGAACACCCGGCGGAGCCGUGUCUCCCUGGUAGCAAACUGUGGCCGCCUUUACGCUGUGGGUGGCUACGACGGACAGUCCAACCUCAAUUCGGUAGAAAUGUACGACCCAGAAACUAAUUGCUGGACGUUCAUGGCCCCCAUGGUAUGUCACGAAGGAGGGGUUGGUGUGGGGUGCAUACCACUCCUGACCAUCUGAAGAAGGAAGCACAAGGCAGCCGUUUUCAAGUGACAAUCUUGGGAGAGACCCAACAAGGGUUUAAUAAUGUGAUAUUGAGAGGUACAUUUCGAGGUGCUCGUGUCAUUCAUGAACACACACAAACUGUCCUAAAACCACCCUGUAACUUGCGUGCUGAGGUUCCAGAUAGACGAAUAAUUUGCCAUUCAGAUUGCGUGCGCGGAUGUGAGCGAGACUUGCCCACCUCUCUCCUGGACUGGGUGUCGAAUGUAUCCCGUGGCUGGCGCAGUCUUCCUCUUGCCAACCAUUGCUUUGGGUACAGCAUUGAGCCAGGCAGGGUCCACCACAGGAGGUGCUUUUGAGAAUCACCACUGGAGUCUCUAUGCUGUGGUUCGACUCUGCGUAAAUCUGUGUUGGGAUCAACUGGGAGGGAGUGUAUAAGCAGUAUGUUCAGGGCAAACAACCCAAAAGUCAAGAUCUAGUUUAUCAUUAACAAAUAACUGGGGUAUUGCAAACAGGCUGGUUCUCUAUCUUGUUACCAGGCAUGCUAGAUCUUGCUCAAUAUUACAAGCAGAAGGGACUCUGUCACCAAUGUUGGUUCUUAGAAGUCUGUGGUUGGGCAAAUGCGUGGAAAUGGGUAGCCCCUUUGCAUCUGAGGUGCUGUCCUUAUGACCAGCAUUUUGCUAACUCCUUUGAAUGUAACUUAUUUUGUUCUACUUGAUCAGGAAAAAUGGCUCAAACCAUUUUAAGGAGGGGCAGGGGAUGAGAUGUCCCUCCUUCCUCCCCUCCCAAUCUUUCCAAAAAACUAGGUUACAAUAGGUGUUAUGGGGUGGGGGAGGGGAGGAAUAUAAAUAACACCAGCAGUAAACUUAGAUUUAAGUAAGAAAAUGGCCAAAAUGUUAAUAAUAAAGGUGUCUCUUUCAAAAUAAAAUCUCUAUUUUAGUUUUGCAAAAGUUAGGCAAGGUGCAUACAAGAAACAGCUGGAUCACAGGGUGAUCAAGGUCGGUUCUUCUGAUCUUUCAAGCAGAGGUGAAAACCCAGAGCCUCGCCUUGGCUUUCCUUUGGAAAUUCCCUGCUGUGCAUUCAGCUGUUUUUGAUUUCACAAAAAUGUCCUGUGGGUUUUGAAAUACAGAGUUGGCCCCA